AUGUUGGGAGACGAUGAUAAAGACUCAGACGACCUUAACGUAUUUCUCAACGCCAUUGGUGAAGAACCAAGCGACGAAGCUCCGAUGCGAAGCUCCACGGCUUUCAACGAUAUCGACUUCUUGAACUUGGACGAUUCGCAUAACCCGUUUCAAGAUUUCGAUUAUUCCGCGAACCAACAACCGCAAAGUCCAAUCUUAGAAUCUCCAAAGGUUUACAUCGCACCAAGGGUGAUGAUAAGCCAUCAAGAUUCCUUCUCAGAAGACUCAAGAAUCGAGGACGCGAGGAUAUUGCCGAUGUCUCCUCGUUUAAAAGUCCCUGCUUCUCCUAGAGCUUUCGUCUAUCAGAGAUCCGUGGAGUCACCACGCUUCGGGUCUCCGACAGGUGUCGUCGUCGGAUUGAUCGAAACAGCUUCACCUUUCGAUUCCGUGAAAGACGCAGUUUCGAAGUUUGGAGGGAUCACAGAUUGGAAAGCACAUAAGAUUCAGACAAUAGAGAGAAGGAAGAUGGUUGAUGAAGAGCUAGAGAAGAUACAAGAAGCCAUGCCAGAGUGCAAGAGAGAAGCCGAGAUAGCUGAAGAAGCGAAACUCGACGCGUUGAAGGAGUUAGAGAGCACAAAGGCCUUCAUCGAGGAGUUAAAGCUGGAGCUAGAGAAAGCUGAGAAGGAAGAGCAGCAGGCGAAACAAGACUCCGAUCUCGCGCAGAUGCGUGUUGAAGAGAUGGAGCAAGGCGUAGCGAACGAGGCAAGCGUCGCGGUGAAAGCGCAGCUCGAGGUAGCUAAAGAGAGGACAGAGUCAGCUACUAGUGAGUUAAAGUCUGUGAGAGAAGAGAUUGAAAUGGUUUGUAAUGAGUAUGAAGAUAUGUCUAGGGAGAGAGAUUUAGCUGCGGAGAGAGCUGAAGUUGCUGUUAGUGAAGCUAAAGAGAUUGAGAGGACGAUGGAUGGUUUGAGUAUUGAGCUCAUUGCCACCAAGGAGAUGUUGGAAUCUGCGCACACUGCUCAUCUCGAAGCUGAAGAGAAGAGGUUUGGUGCGGCCAUGGCUCGAGACCAAGACAUAUACAACUGGGAGAAGGAGCUGAAGAUGGUGGAAGAUGACAUCGAGAGGCUUAACCAAGAGCUUCGUGCGGCUGAUGACGUGAGAGCCAAGCUAGAGACUGCUUCUUCUCUUCAGUAUGAUUUGAGAGAUGAGUUAGCUGCGUUCAAGGGAAGCUCAAGCUUUGGUGUGUUGAUGAUGGAGAAGAAGAGUAACAGUGACAUACAAGCCGCGGUUGAUUCCGCUAAGAGAGAGCUCGAAGAGGUCAAAUCCAACGUUGAGAAAGCAGCUUCCGAGGUGAAAACAUUGAAGAUAAUUGCUGUGGCGUUACAGUCAGAGAUUGGAAGAGAGAGACAGGAUCUUGAAGAAACCAAGAAGAGAGAAAACGCGGAGGAGGUAGAUGAGGAGAUGGUGGACACAGGGAAGACGUUGGAGGAGGCGACGAGAGAGGCAGAAGAUGCAAAGUUCUUGGCAGCAGCUGCGAGAGACGAGCUUAGAAUGGCGAAGGAACUGUCUGAGCAAGCGAGAACCGGAAUGUCUACGAUAGAGAGUAGAGUAAUGGAAGCGAAGAAGGAGAUGGAGGCUGCUAGGGCUUCGGAGAAGUUGGCAUUGGCUGCGAUAAAGGCACUGCAAGAGACUGAGAGUGCUCAGAGAUUCGAGGAGAUUAGUAACUCACCAAGAACCGUCAUAAUCUCUGUAGAGGAAUACUACGAGCUGAGCAAGCAGGCGCACGAGUCGGAGGAAGAGGCGAACAAAAGGAUAUCGGAGAUCGUCUCGCAGAUAGAGGUGGCUAGAGAGGAAGAGUCGAGAGUCUUGGAGCAGCUAGAGGAAGUGAAUAGAGAGAUGAGUGUGAGGAAAGAAGAGCUGAGAAUGGCUAUGGGAAAAGCUGAGAAGGCGAGAGAUGAGAAGUUGGGGAUGGAGCAAGAGCUGAGGAAGUGGAGGUCGGAGAACGGGAAGAGGAGAGCAGAUGAAAGCAGCGAGCCUGAGAAAAGCCCGGUGAGGCAGUCGAAAUCGUUUGCCUUUGGUGAACCGGAGAGCAGCAGUAACAAUGUUGGAGGAGGUGGUAGAAAUAGCAAUAAUGUGACACCUGAAACAAAGAAGAAGAAGAAGAAGCUUUCUUUGUUCCCUAAGGUUUUCAUGUUCUUGUCAAGAAAAAAGUCUCACAAGUGA